AUGAUAAAAAAUAAUCUUUCAUUUUUCAAAAAAGAUUCAAUUGAACCAUAUAAUUUUUAUACUAAAAUUGGUUCAAGUUCAAAUAUUAUAAUUCGAAGAAGUUUACGAAUUAAACAACAAAAAAAACCUACUUAUAAUUAUAAACGAAAUUAUAAUCAGUGGUUGAAACCUCAUAAAAAUUAUUUUUAUUAUUGUGAUAGCUAUUUUGAUAGUGAUAUUGCUAUUACAACUGAAUCAACUAUUUCUAAAAGAUUUUUGGAUUAUAAUACUGAUGAUGAAGAUAAUAAUUCAAAUAGUGGAAUUAGUGAAGAAUUAAAUAUUAUUGUAAAUGAUGAGGAAGAUCUAGUUAAAGAAAAAGAAAAUAAUAGACAUGAAGAAGUUGUUGAUAAAAUUUUAUUAAAAACUUCAAAUACAAUUAGUCAUAAUUUUGAAAAACUUCUUGCAAAAUCUUUAAAUAAAAUUAGAUUGGUAGCAAAUAUAAUUGCUUAUAAUCCUGGUGAUUUUGAAAUAGAUAUAAUUGCUACUCUAAACAAACAAAUAUUUUUAAUUCAAUGUAAAAAUAUUGUAAAAUCUCUUGGUCUUCAAGAUUUGCAGAAAAUUAAAUCAGCUUUUAAAAGAUUUGGUGAAGAAAUAGGAAUUAUUUAUAAUAGUGAAAAAUUACAAAAACUAUUAACUAAACAGGCUAAAAUUUGGUAG